AGCCUGCCGGAGAGUCCAGACCAAUGCAGAUUUCUCAGGAGCCAGCCAAUAUGGCGGCGAAGCAGGAGUGCGCUGGAUGUAAGAAGGAGAUCGGGGAUCGCUUUAUGCUUAAGGCUCUAGAACAGUUCUGGCACGAGGACUGCCUCAAAUGUUCCUGUUGUGACUGUCGCUUAGGCGAGGUCGGAUCUACUCUCUUCACAAAGGCAAACCUCCUCCUAUGUCGUAGAGACUAUCUCAGAUUAUUUGGUACAACAGGCUACUGCUCUGCAUGUUCCAAAAUGAUCCCAGCAUUUGAGAUGGUAAUGAGGGCCAAAAGUAAUGUUUAUCAUCUGGAGUGCUUCGCUUGCCAACAAUGCAAUCACAGGUUCUGUGUAGGAGACAAGUUCUACCUGUGUGAAAACAAAAUACUGUGUGAAUAUGACUAUGAAGAAAGAAUGUUGUUUGCUAAUAUGUCGUAUAACUACAGUGCUUUGUCACAGAUUAAGAGACAGACACAGAGCUUAAGUGACGAUCUCUCGAGCGGUUAUGGCAGCCCCAGUCCUAGCUCCUUGUAAGCUAUCCCUCAUACAAUUCUAUUUUGUUGUGGUAUGGACCAUGUACAGUAUUUCCUAUCAGGUUCAAAUGGUUUUUUUGAUGCCAUGAAAAUUAUGGGUUGCCAUGGAGACUCUUGUUAUUACUGAUGUGAUGUGGAUGAAUGAAUGACCUUAUGGUCUAGGUCAAACAUUCGACUGGAGAUAAAUGGAUUUCCUGGGAAUUGCUCGCUUGUUGAAAAUCAUUUAAAUGAGUUGGUUGAGAAAGUAAUGAUCUUCAUUACCAUGGUUAUGAGUUGUUUCUAUGACAACAGAUCUGUGGAUGGAGCUAUCACCAUGUUGUCACAAAGACAAGUUGUUUUCCAUAGUUUCAGAUCUAUGGAUGACAUUGUUGCCAUGGAGAUGAGUAGUUACCAGGAUGUCUUUUAACUGUUGGAAAGCUGACAUCUGGUUUUUGAUAUCUCGGUUGAAGAACGUUUUGUUACAGGAAAUAACUAUGUUUCCGUGAAACAGAUCCACAUCCUCUGGAUAGGAGCCCCAGGAUGAAAGCAUUCCAAACAUUAUUUGUAUGGGUGUGUGGAGAUGUAUGUGAUAUCUUUUUUCCUUUUUUUUUUUAUUUUUAUUAUCAUAAUUUUCUUCUAGUUUUUUUUUUAUGCACUAUUUCCGGUUCAUUCUUGUUGAAAAUGUUGUGCUUGGAAGUCAAUCAAAAACAUUUCAGCUGUGAUUGGUUGUUUUAUGUCACAUGUUGAGCUCACAGAGGAAUUCAAUAUUC